AUGGAGCAUCCUCUCAUCAACGAUUGCACUUUCUCUUCUGCUAACCCUUCUUUAUCAGAAAUUUGGCCUCACUUUCCAUCCCAAAACAAACGAAACCACUCCCUCUCGGAAAAUGACUCUGCCACUAAGCAUAUCAAACUAGCACUACCGGAGAAUGAUCAAAACGCUGCGUUUAAAUCCAAACCAAACGCAAUUUCACCAAAGAAACAACAACAGAAUGACAAACGUUCUUCUGAACCGCCGCCACCGCCGCCCAAGCAAGAUUACAUUCACGUUAGAGCAAGAAGAGGCCAAGCCACCGAUAGUCACAGUCUCGCUGAAAGAGCGAGAAGAGAAAAGAUUAGUGAGAGAAUGAAAAUUCUACAAGAUUUAGUUCCGGGAUGUAACAAGGUAAUUGGUAAAGCACUUGUGCUUGAUGAGAUAAUCAAUUAUAUUCAAUCACUACAACAUCAAGUUGAGUUCCUUUCAAUGAAACUUGAAGCAGUUAAUUCAAGAUUGAAUAUGCAACCUUCUAUUGAAUGUUUUCCUUUAAAAGAUGUUGGUGCUCAACCAAUUGAUCUUUCUGGAAUAGUAUUUGGAUCGCAAGCGAGAAGGGGCUAUGCUCAAGGAUCACAGCCAGGAUGGCUACAUAUGCAGCUAGCUGGUGGUUUAGAUAAAACAUCGUAA